UCCAUUCCCACUAUCCAUUUCCCCGACUGAAAAAUCUGAUCUCAUUUCAGUGAUUUCACGCCCACUAUCGGAAAAAUCUCAUCUCAUUUCACAUCCACCAUCGCUGCAUUGAGGCGUAAGCCUCCAUUUCCAUUUCCAAUUCCAAUUCCCAGACUCCGACACUGAGCUACUCACAAUUCCGCCAUACAAAUCUCGCAUAAAGAAGUGACGGAGACACAGAGAUACAGAGAUAGACAAAGAGUUGUUAAAGAUUGUAAAAAAACGAUGGUUUUCUCGACGAUAAUAUCAUCCUCACCCCAUCUCUACCUGCCAAGAAGGGUGCCCACAAACCUUAGACCACCGCCAAUUCGCUGCUCUUCUUCUUCUUCUUCUUCGGUUUCGAUCCAGUUCGAUCUGAAGACGUACUGGACGACCUUGAUCGGAGAGGUUAACCAGAAGCUGGAGGAGGCUAUUCCGGUGCAGUACCCGGAGAAGAUCUACGAGGCCAUGCGGUACUCGGUGCUGGCCAAGGGAGGCAAGCGAGCCCCACCCGUCAUGUGCGUCGCCGCCUGCGAGCUCUUCGGCGGCAACCGCCUCGCCGCCUUCCCCACCGCCUGCGCCCUCGAAAUGGUUCAUGCGGCUUCACUGAUACAUGACGACCUUCCCUGCAUGGAUGACGACCCGUCACGCCGAGGCCAGCCCUCAAAUCACACAAUGUAUGGUGUCGACAUGGCUAUCCUGGCCGGCGAUGCGCUCUUCCCCCUCGGCUUUCGCCACAUUGUCUCCCACACACCUUCCGACCUUGUGCCUGAGCCCCGUCUCCUACGUGUAAUUACAGAGAUUGCCCAAGCUGUAGGGUCAACCGGCAUGGCUGCUGGGCAGUUCAUUGACCUUGAGGGAGGGCCCAAUUCUGUUGAAUUCGUGCAAGAAAAGAAGUUUGGCGAAAUGGGUGAGUGUUCUGCAGUGUGUGGAGGGAUACUAGCCGGUGCUGAAGACGAUGAAAUACAGAGAUUGAGAAGGUAUGGGAGAGCUGUUGGGGUACUGUAUCAGGUUGUGGAUGAUAUUUUGGAAGAGAAAAUGAGUAGAAGUGAAGAAAAUGAAGAGAGGAAGAAAAAAGGGAAGAGUUAUGUGGGAGUUUAUGGGGUUGAAAAGGCAAUGGAGGUGGCAGAGGAGCUUAGGGCCAAGGCCAAGCAAGAAUUGGAUGGCUUUGAGAAGUAUGGUGAGAGUGUGGUACCUCUUUACAGCUUUGUGGAUUAUGCUGCUGGUAGAGGUUUCAAUGUUGGUGAUUCAAGUUAAUGGAUAGAAAUAUGGCCAACGAUUCUGGUUUAGAUGAGGAGCCCAAGAGCUUUGUGGUAGCUUCUCAGCCUCUAAGCAUCGUUCUUUUUCUUAUUUUGAUUUUACACUCAUAUUUAGCUCUUGUUCUAGAUUAUGAUGAGUUACCAUUGUUGAGGUUUCUGUGCUGAUAACAGUUAAAUAUAUUUUUGAUGGAUCAAAUAAAGAAUAAUGGGAUAGCAAGCAAUUUAAGUUU